AUGGGGUCGGUCCCCGAUCCAGGCGAGUUGACCGAGUUAGCUCAGCCGAGUUUCGAGGAGUUUCAGAGACAGUCGUCGUUGAUGAAUAGCUGCACUCUUCUGUGGCAGGAGCUCUCCGAUCACUUCACUUCUCUGGAGCAGAACCUGAUGAAGAAAUCGGAAGCGCUGAAGCAGAUGAUUGAAUCCCUAGAUACUCAGACUCAGACCUCGCUCGAGUCACUCAAGCGUAGGGAGGUUACUAUUGAUCAGAGUGUUGAGAUCGUCGCUGGGAAAGUUGGGAAACGCGCCAGAGCUGCUCUGGAAUCGCUUGAGAAAGCUAGAGACGGUGGUUCAAAUGGAGACGACUCCGGCGAGGUCGAUGACGACGAAGGGCUUCUCACCGCACUGAAAUCGCUCUGUUUGAAGAUGGACGCUAGAGGAUUCUGGAGCUUCGUGACGGCGAGGAAAAAGGAACUGGAGAAUCUCCGGUCACAGAUUCCGGCUGCGCUGGGCGAUUGUGUAGAUCCGGCGAUGUUAGUGCUCGACGCGAUUUCCGAGGUUUUUCCGGUGGACAAAAGAGCAUCCGGAGAGAAAGUGAGCAACGAUUUCGGAUGGGCUUGUGUGGUGAUUCUGGAGAGUUUGACACCUGUAAUGGUCGAUCCAGUGAUCGGGAAAUCGCGGCUGCUUGUUACCCCGAGCGUCAAGGAGAAGGCCAAAGAGAUCGCAGAGACGUGGAAGAAGAGCUUGGAGGAGAGAGGAAGGAUAGAGAAUGUGAAGACUCCUGAUGUGCAUACUUUUCUGCUGCAUCUUGUCACGUUUGGAAUUGUUAAAAGAGAAGAUCUUCCUCUCUACAGAAAGCUUGUCGUUGGAUCUGCGUGGCGCAAACAGAUGCCAAAGCUUGCUGUUUCUGUUGGUUUGGGUGAUCAAAUGCCUGAUAUGAUUGGAGAGUUGAUCAGCAGGGGACAACAGCUUGACGCUGUUCAUUUUGCGUAUGAAGUUGGCCUUGUGGAUAAGUUCCCUCCUGUUCCUCUGCUCAAAGCCUAUCUAAGAGACGCAAAGAAGACAACAGCCUCUACCAUGGAAGACUCCAGCAAUACUAGCCGACCUACGCAUCUCGCGCGCAAGGAGCAAUCAGCACUUAGAGCGGUCUUGAAAUGCAUAGAAGAGUACAAACUCGAGCAAGACUUCCCUCCAGAGAACCUCAAGAAGCGUUUGGAUCAGCUAGAGAGAACCAAAACCGAGAAGAGGAAACCAGCAGCCGUACCAGCAAACAAGAGAACCCGAGCCAGCUACAACGGUCCAAUGCCACCAGCGAAAGCCGGUCGUAUCACAAACGCAUACGUCUCUUCUUUCCCGUUCAUCAGAUCACCGUCUCACUCUCCUCAGUACGCUUCACCAGCUGCUUACCAAUCACCACCUACCACUGUCUACAGCAACAGGAGCCCUCCUUAUCCUUACUCCCCUGAGCUUAUCCCUGCCUCGUACCAAGGCUCUCCUAUCGGUUACCCGGCUUACAACGGUUAUUGCACCGGUCCGGUUCCUGCUCCAGCUCCUCCGGUUUACCACCCGCACUACCAUCAGCAGCACCACCAACACACCCACCAUCAGCAAGCUUACUACUGA